AAAGUCAUUAAUAUUUGUUAUUGUAUGUUUUCAAGUGGAGCACCAUUUUAAAGUUACUUUUUUUUGGUUGUGGCUGUUUUUAUAUUUGUUUUUGAGUUUUAUCUGUGUAGAAAAGAUUGAAAAUCAACAUGUCGACGAUGCCGGAAGGCGAUAUUUGUACAAAUCUCUCUCUCUACGAGGAAUAUCGAGAUAAAUAUCCUGAGAUUCCUGCUGAUGAUCUACGACAAAUUUUAGAAAAGUACGGUUCAGAUCCAGCAAAUUGUCAAGAAAGGCUUGUCGAGGAGAGUAUGAAAUAUCUAUAUGGAACUUUACCAGCUACGUCUGAUUCACAACAGAGAAAUGUUGUGUCUCCAUCUUUACCUCGAUGCAAUUCCUCAGGAAGCACAGGAUCAAGUCAUUCAAGUGGUCGUUCUACACCUGUGAAUGCAAUGUACACACCAUUUAAUAAUCCUCACAUCCCAUGUAAUUCUUCACCUCUUAUACAAACAUUGCCCACUACAGAUUCCUCUUUUAUACCAAAUAAUUCAACACAAGCAUAUCAUAUGCAGACAUUUCCACUACAUUACAAACACUGAAUUUGCGACUAGCAAAACAGAUGGAUAUUUUGUGCCGUCAGUUGUUUCAUCUUCAAGAACGAACUUAGAAUUAUUACAAUCGUCUAAUAGCCCAUUCCCCAUCAAUGCUAAUAUUGAUGAACGAGUUGGUUCAAGACUCUCAGCUACAGAAUCAUUCAGAACUAUGAAAAAGACAGUAUAUAUGGAUGACUCAAACUGUUAUUUAGGAGAAAAUUUUAACAGGAUGUUGCCAUUUUCCUUCACCCCAAAAUCAAGUAACGAUGAGCUAACUUUGCAGUUAGGUGUGUCAGACAAAAGUACAACAAAUUCUAAUUAUUUACAUGCAUGUUAUUCACAACAACUGAAGAGAUAUGAAAAACUAAAAAAGGAGUAUGAUGAAGAAAAAGAAAGAUUGAGAAUAAUUAUUGAAGAAAUAUCUGAGCGUGAAUCAGAACUUUAUAAUCACAGAUAUGUGGUACAACCAAAUCCAACGGAUGAACAAAUAGCAUUGCUGGUAAAAGAAAAUGAAAAAUUAAAAAAGUCUGUCGAUGAAUUAUCUAAGAAUAUUGACAGAAUUGAAAAUGGACGAGCAUUUUUACCACCAGUGGAUGUUCGACAUCAUGAUGUUCAUAGAAUACAACCACUUGCACAAAGACCAAGAGAUAUAUUUGACAGAUCGCAAAGUGUACCCUGCAUUCAACCACAAGAUUCAAUACCCAUGAAACAGUUGUCGAGACCAUCAACAGAACGUCAAGUGCGUCAUACAAUUUCAUGUGAUGAAAGUUCUGCCUAUUAUCAAGUGAAGCCAUCAAACGACUCAGCAUUGCAAGAUUGGAGUUUGAUCAACAAAGUUCCUAAAUUUCCAUUUGUACCAGGUGAAGGAACUUCAGAAGAAAGCCAAUGGAGCUGCCGAGAAUGUACAUUUCUUAACCACGAAAGUUUAUUAACUUGUGAAAUCUGUAAUACUGCCAGACAUCAAUAAACCUACAAGAAUUUUG